GAAUGUUUUUCUGGUAACCAAAGUUGAAUUGAGACAUCCAAGGUCAUCUAUGCAUUUGGACGAGAUUCAGACACCUAGGCGGCUUGUCCGGCUUUACGUGGGAGAAUCUUCUAAAAAAGAACCCCAUUCAUCCUCUAUUAUUUUGAUCUCAUAUCUAAGUCAAAAUGCCAACAAAUGAAGCAUCAACAUUCUAUAUCUUAAAAGAAGAGACGAAUGCAAUGGGGGCUGCACAAAUAAUGAUUGGCCUAAUUCACAGUGCACUGGGGACUCUCUGGCACUCUUUGCACCAUCUAGAAGAAAAGAAAUACAGUAUUGGUCAUAAACUUAUGUUAACUAGUAUCUACUACCUCUUUGUGUCUGGAACAUUCUUCAUGAGCUCAGGAUCCAGCAGUAUAACCAAGGGUAGUUCUUCAACAUGGCAGCGUAUGUUGGCAGUUAUAACUAACAUCUCAAGUAUCUUCAUGGCCCUAUUUGGUUUAAUGGUAUUUGGAUAUGAAUUUCCCAUUUUUGAAUCAAUAGGAAUUGAAUACAUUUGGUCAAAUAUGGCUGGCAUGUUGCUUCUACAAAUUUCUGUCUUAUGUACCAUCACAGAGUUGUUUAUUGCAAUCAUAGUGCUCCACUGGUUCGUUAGGUCACAUAAGAUUAAAAUACCCUCAGAAGAAAGUUCCUCCCCUUUAGAACUAUCACUACUACCUUCAAAGCCGACAUCUCUACUUGAGUUGGAAAAUCUCUCUGAAGAAUCCCAUCCAACGAAUAGAGAAGAUGAAGACGAUGUGACUAACUGAAGGACCCUACAAGGGUUUGGUUUGGUUUUUGUCUUUUGUUUUUUGUUUUUUUGUUUUGUUUUUUUUUUACAAGACGCCUCAUGGAAACAUACUCCAAUGAUGUCCUUGCCAGUUCUCACUUUCUCCUAGUUCAGUAAUAAAGGAUGCAAUCUGAUCACAAA